UCCGCGCAUGUUACCGAGAUACAGCCGCCGUAGCCCACCACCUCAAGAGUUUACUGUUAGAUGAGAUGAUAUUUAUUGCUGUACAGUUAUCGUACAUGAUUCAUUUGGUGCGAUAAAGGCUGUAAAAAAAAUCAGACUGUAGCGACGCAAUGAGCUGCUGUAGUCGUUGAAAUCAAAAGCGAAAGUGCGGUGGUGCUUUUUUUGUUUUCAGCUGCUGCUAUCUCACUUUAUCUUUGUAAUAACCUUAAACUUAUUAUUUAUCGUGACUCCAUGAUGAUGAUUGAAGUAAUUUUGUUUGGAUACUUCAUGACGUGCGUAUGUGGAAGUUUCCAGGAAAUAACAAUGUAACUGGCAGUAAUUACAGCUGAUGGGGCUGCAGAUGUGGUACUGUCCUGCACCCUGGUGGAGGAGGGAGUUGGACUGGGUGGAAUGGGAGGUGGUGCUGCCUUCACACGUACUCCAGCUACUGUUGUCUUCAGAGACGUUCCAGUGGCUCCUGAAGAAUCCCUUGAAACGCUCACUGCGUUUGUUCCACCCUCAGUCCCGGAUCCAGACCUCCUCCUGUUUGAGGCCAAAGUGUCAUCAGUUGAGAUCCCCAAUGCAGCCGUGUUGCUCCAUGCAGACUGCAAUGAACAGGAGGUGACGUGUGAAAUAAGCCGUUACUCUCCUCGUGGAUCCCAGGAAAGUUCAGAUCCAGCCUAUUUCAUGGCGUCCCUUAGUGUGGAGGGAGUUGAGUUCAACACUGCACUGAUUCUGCAGACUUUGAUGGUGGAAAAAGACCACUCGACGUUGAUACAAAACAAACUGGGCCUGCCUCUUAGCCAAUCGGGUACUCUGCUGACUGAGGUGAUAUUUGUGGUAUUUUCCCACAUAAAGUCUGUAUCUGCACCUCUGAGAGGUGAUGUCCUCCUCAACUGUGGUUUCAGGCAGCAUGAAAUUCCCUUAUCGCAUGAAGUGGGCAUUGAAUGGCGACUGCAGCACAGAGGAAAGGGGCAGAAAGUGCUUGAAAUAAGGACAAGGCUGGAUGACUUAGAAGGAAACACAGUGGUGCAUGCAGAAAGGAGGGCCUCAAGCAUGGAUGCUGCCCAGGUUGUUGGUGAGGGUAACGCCUCUGUGACUCUGAACAAGCUGAAGGUUGUGGAUGAGGGGACUUACAUCUGCACAGUCAGUUUAGGCCCUUUCCAUGCACAGCAGAUCAUUCAACUCCAUGUUGUUCAACCGCCCCAUGUCUCACUCUCAGAGGAGAAGUUGGUUUUGAAGACAACAUCACCUAAGACUCUGAGCUGUCACUGCAGUAAAUACUACCCACUGGAUGCUCAGAUGGAGUGGUUAUCCCUCUCUCCUACAGACACAGAGCCUGUAGUCUUUCCAGAUCAGGGCUCUCUGUCUAGCCAUCGGCAGCAUGGUGAUGGGACGUACUCCCUGUCAUCUCACCUCACUGUGCCCCCCACUGUCUCUCCAGGCACCAAAAUCACCUGCAGGGUGUCUCACCUAACCCUGGACACUCCUCUCUCUCUAAGCGUGGUGGUAGAACAUGCAGAACCAGAUUCCUAUUGGUGGGUUUUGGGUUUCCUGGUCAUCACUGUACUCUUCUUCUACCAGGUUAUGAGAUAAGUCAGCUUGAGAUUUUCCAGUGGAUGACCCUGAUUUAAAAUUGACACCAGAGAGACUUCCUUUGUGUCAUUUGUGAUUUUUUUAAAAGUGGAAACAGUCAACUAUUCAACCACCCCACCACAUCCCCAAAACCCAAAUUUUUAUGCCUCCAGGUUUCGGGUUGUGCAUCCAUCCUAACGGACGAUAUGUGAACACGAUAUCUCAGUCUUAUUGAAAUUUGUCAAAAACGCAUCCUUGAGUCCAAAUUCGCUUGGACGCAAUAACGAAGGCAGAGUAAAACACCCAGUUGUAAUUUUGUAUUUUGGAGCAUUCUCCAUAGAUUGGCCAUCAGGACUACAGUGGGCCGCUACGCUGUUGGACCAUAAAAACAAGAUUUUAACAGCUCUGUCAAUCUCUUUACCGGCCCUAUCUGUGUCCCCAGGCCAGACCCAACACAUAAGUCCAGGGCUGAAUUUCUGUCCCAAUCUGACUGGCUCUCUGCAGCGAGUGAAUGCCCAUCCAAGCUUCACUUUUGUUUUACCUCGGUUUCUAUCACUCUCUCUCUUCGCCUUAUUUGCCUCUUCCAACAAGAGGGCUUCAUUCCUAGUUACUCAAGCAGACGCACUUCUUUUGUGCUGUAAAUCAAGCCUUAAUUCUCUGGGAAAUUUUGUGCCUGGUGGCAGAUAGAAUUGCAUAGUGAAAGUGAGGCUUAUAUGCUAUCAAUCAAAACUCAGAUGGUGUCAUUAUUCUAUGGCAAUUACGUUGUGCAAUAAACAUUUACUUCACAAUGAUAAGUUAAAACAAAAAAAAAACUUGUCUAUUGCCACUUUAGGUUAUUACUGAUUUCAUUAAAAGUCAUCACUGGUUCUUUUAACUCCUCUGCUGAAAAGAAAAAUACAAAUUAGGGGUAAAACUGUAUUUUAAUGUCUAGCUGUAUUAUGUAUUUGCAUGAUAUAUUUGUUGUCGAGUGUCGUUGGUGGUUGAAUUGUACAUGUGUAGGCAGUAGGCACUCUCAGCUUCUCCAGACGGUGAAUAACAAGUCAGAUCAGUGGCACUGUGAAUAUGGUUAUCUGAGAUAUAAUCUCAUUAAUGUUUGUAGAGUCAAACAUAGAAUUUAAUGUUGUUUUAUUUACAAGUUGUCAGUUUAUAAAAAAAAACUAUUUCUACUUUGAUGUUUAGAAUUAUGCAUAUUUUACUAUACUUUUGCCCACCAGCGGGCUCUUCACAAGAAGAGCAGCUUUAAGUGAAUACAACUUCAGUGGUUUGUUUUAUAGGUUCUGCUAACACUUUGUUAACAAACAGACUGUUGUAUUAUUCUAUUGGUUUAAAGCAUCAAAUGAUUGUUUCAAAAAAGUCUUUAUUUGUUGUGCUCUUCCCAUUUGAUUCUCACUGGUACUAUUUUAAUUGUAUCCUGUGUUUUAAUGCCUCUUUGUUUUUGUGUGAUGUUGAUAUUUUAAAGGUUUUGUCAUUUUCUUUUCAAAAUGAAGGAUUUCAUGACCCAGCAAAUUUUUAAGGUAUUUGACAUGAUCAAUAUUCGUACAGUUCCUGUUUUACAACUGAUUGAAGCUAUGUUGUAAACAAAUCACAGGGUUUGUGUUUUGUAAGAUUUCAGUCAGAAUCAGAGUAUUGAUGCAGUUGGUAUUGGCGCAUGUGCAUUGAAUUGUAGUAAAAUGCUUUCAAACCAAAAGGUCUAAAUUGGCUCAAUAUAUCAAGAAAAUAUGACAAAGGUCAGCCAUCAGUUCUAUUGAUGAUUUAUUUAUUGGCAUCAGCAAAAGUGGUAAGCAUGCACAAAUCCAUUUGGAUCUCUUACUGCAUUUUCAGGUUGGAAAUUACACAUUGUCAUACCUCAUGUGGUAAUUACCUAAUAAUAUUGUUGCACAAUAUAUCAUCAGAUAAUUCUGGCUAACCGCUACAAUUAUGCAACAAUGCACUUUGCACGUAAGGUUGUUUGCAUUGUCACAAUUUGAUCAGCUCUCCAAAUCAGUCCAAAGAGGAAAAACUGAGCUUUUCUUUUAUAUCCAGCAACCCCCACAAAACCUGAAAGAAUUUAUAAACACAUUUUCAGGAGCAUAGUCUGACAGACGUGUACUAUGGUUCUACUCAUACAAUACUACAUGUUUUUAACAGUUGUAUGCAGUUUCUGAAUAUUAUUUUUUCUCUCCAAAGCAAAUUAAUUUAAAAUUUUGGCAAACUCUUGAGCAUCAUUGCAUUGCAUAAGCAGUAGUUAUCAGAUCAGAAAGACAAUAUACAUAGGUCCUUAAAACCACUAACAAAAGAAAAUGUACAAUCGGCAGUUAGAUUCAGAAAUGGCAGAUACACAGGUCACACAAAUAGGCAAAACUAUGGACACCGUUUGCCAUGCAAGUUAGAAACAAACACCUCAUUUUGGCCGUUACCUUUACUGCAGGUGAAGGUUGAGUCUGUUUUCAUGUGAGUGAGUGGGGGCGGGGCGGGGGGGCCAGGUGGCUCUGGGUUUCCAAAUCAAGUCUUUUCUCCCAUUUUCCUGCUUUUCUAGAGAUCAGGUCAACUUAAACAGCAAUCGAACCAACACUUUGUCAGGACAACUCUCAAAACAAGCGGACGUUUGUACCUGUUUGAAAUGUGACGCUACACAUUCAUCUGUCUAUUGCUGCGACUCCGUCCAAGUCAGAGUUGAGAAACCUUCCUCUGGGUCGGAGCGGUCGUUUCACAUCUACAGUAGAUUGUCUGUUAGUGGCUGCUUGUCUGUUUGCCUUGCUGUGCAUAUUACUAUGCCACUAAGCAUAAAACUAUGACUAUGCCACCACAUGUGGUACAAGAACUCCAUUACAAAUGAAGAAUAGUUAUAGAACUACUUUAUCAAUAAUUGCUUAUCAGUUCAGAAUUGUCAUUUAUUUAUACAGAAAAAAUGCUGCUAUGCUCUUACUACCUCUCCCUGAAUCACUUCUUGCUUUACACAAGUUCUCACACAGUCUCUUUCCCUAUUCCACAUUUCUCUUUCCAUGUCAUCACUGAACAUCGCAGAAAUAAAGUUAGGCAGGAAGGGAAAAGAAAAAGUUACUAAUAAAAGCCUAUCAGCUAAGACUUGGAAAAAGCUAUUCUCUACAAUGCUUUGGAUCACAAAUACACACACGCACGUACAACAAAAAUGAUCAUAAUCUUAAUCUAACAUGACCUUGUGUUAGUAAGCAGCAAUGAUGGUAGCAGUGGUGACAGAAGGAGUGUGUUAGUUCGGUAUGUCAGUAUCAAUUUACAAAUGUAGGACUCUCAAAAAAGGUAACAUGAACAAGCUUUGGUGUAUCAGGGGUAGACAGGACUGCAAACUGUUGUUCAAUCUCCCUGCACACGUUCAGCAUCUGUACAUUGUACGUCCGUCCCCCCCACCCCCCAUAGCCCCA